AGAGUGGCAAGUGCUCUGCCAUGGCGUCCCUCUCCAUCGCCACUACCCUUCCCCUUCACUCCCCGUGCCGUCCGCCCACCGCAGCCACCGCAGGCGUGACGGCUGUGAUAUGCGGCCCGCGAGACAACCGCGGUAAGCUCCUCCGCGGCCGGAGCCUCACCACGGAGGCCAUCCUCGCCGUGCAGGCGCUCAAGCGCGCCGCGGCCGCCGGCGACGAUCCCAAGGUCGAUCGGAUUUUCGCCUCCGACUUCGCCCGCCUCGUCAAAUCGGACCUCCUCGCCGCCCUACGGGAGCUGCAGCGCCAGGACCAGUCGCGCCUCGCCUUGAAAGCCUUCGCUGCCGCCCGAAGCGAGCCGUGGUACCGCGUCGAUCUCAACCUCUACGCGGAGAUGGUCUCCACCUUGUCCAGGUGCGGAUUGCCGCACGAGAUCGAUGCCCUGGUCGCCGAUCUGAUGGAGGAGGAGGGAUGGCUCUCCGCGGAGACCGCCAAGGGGGUUCCCCGACUCGUCAGGGCUCUGACGGCCGCCGGAAGGGGAAAGGUUGUGGCGAACGUCUAUAGGGAAGCAAAGAGAUGCGCGUUCGAGCCGGAUGAGUACUUGUUCAAGUUCAUGAUAAGAGGAUUGAAGAGAUUGGGGCAAGAAGCUGCUGCUGCGGAAGUGGAGAGAGACUACCAGUUAUGGCUUGAAUGUGGAUGCUUCCCUGUGGAAACGCUGCCUGUUUGAUGAAAAGCCUGGUACGCGUUUCUUGCUCGAAUCCUUUUCAUCGUUUUGUUUGAUCCCACUCAUUCAUAUAGCAUCGUGAUCUCGAAGAAUUGCCCGAGUUAGUUGAACUGGAGAUCAAAGCAUGAUAGUUCUUUGAGACUCUUUGUAAUAUACGUAUGCAAUUAUGGUUCUUUGUAACAUUGUGAAUUUGGUUGUCAAUCUUUGAGACUCU